UCUAGUUUGUGAUCCGAACGUAUUAAACACUGCCCUAUGAAACACCGCAUUACACACACACACACACACACACACACACACACACACACACACACGUCAUGUGGUACACUGAUGAAAGUAGUGUCCGUCAGUCUCCACGCUACCCGGGAAUCUACAGUAACCCGUAAUCUCGAUUGUGAGCCGAGCGCGCUACCGUGUGUUGUGUUGGGUGGGUGGUGGUUGUGGUGUGUAUUUGUGCGUGCGUGCGUGCGUCCGUGUGUGUAUGUGUAUGUGUGCCUGCGCGUAAUCACCCAGCCACGUACGCACGCACGCACUCAGGUACCCUCACACAGCUAGAUAAAGAGCGAUGCUGCAAUCUUUAAUUCAUGCGAGGCAAACUUUUGGCAUUUCCACAACUCACCUCGGUGCAUUCUUCCUCAGUGGGUAGUCUUGUUCCUGAAGCUGUAACCUUCAACAUUAUUUGCUGCUUCCGUCACGUGUUUGUCGCUAAUUCGUAUUCUGAUUGUCGUGGAACGCACGGUUGUUCCAAGUUUCUGGGGAGUUCCCAAGACGGGGUUGUCAUCCAAUGACAAAGGGUAACGGGGACUCGCUGAAGCACAGUAGUGUAAUCUUUGUCUAGGGUGCGAGCGUCGUUUUUUGGCCUCGAGACUGGCGGUUAAGAGCUUUUUGAUGCCGAGCCUCACCCGACCUCUUCAUGAAAUUUUCUGAGUUAAGCUUAAACCGCGCGUGUUCCUGUCCAAAGUAUGUGUCUGUGUCUUGCUCCUUCGGCCGCCCCCCAUGGGAACCAAGUGUAAAGAUUGACAUUAGAAAAGUAACUGACUUUGUUGGGGCAGUGACUGGCGGCGCUGGUGGAGACCAAAUGUGACGGCGAGUUCUUUCAUCUUAUCUUGGGCUGGCUGAGGCCCUAGCGCUUGUCUGACAAUGGCGGGAGAGGGCUGGGCGGGGCGCGAGGCCCAGGUGUAGUGCCGGGGAGAGGCCUUUGUGUCCCCCCACCCUCCUCCUCGCGUGUCACCCCACACAGCUCACCCCGGAACACCCCUUAAUCACCCAGCGUCUCUGCCAGAAUGGACGCCAUCUUGCAAGUCAUCACCAACAGCACCUUACUAGUGACAAAAUUUAUUCGAAUUGGCAUCGCGGACAAGAAUGACAACCCUCCCUUCUUCGACAAGACCCUGUACGAGGCUGAAGUGGACGAAAAUGAGGACAUCCAGCACACCGUCCUCACAGUCACUGCUAAGGAUCUGGAUGAGUCCUCACGCAUUAGGUAUGAGAUCACAAAUGGCAACAUUGGUGGAGCAUUUGCUGUGAAGAACAUGACUGGUGCAAUCUACGUGGCAGGACCUCUGGACUACGAGACCAGAAAAAGGUACGAGCUCACACUAGUAGCCACGGAUAGUGUCAACGAGGCCACUACCAAGGUUGUCAUCCUCAUCGCUGAUGUCAAUGACCGUCCCCCUGAGUUUGAUCGCCCCAGUUAUGAAGCCACAAUUGAAGAGGAGCGCAGUGACGGUUUGCCCAUUGCCAUCAUCAAGGUUGUGGCCACUGAUGGUGACCGUGACCGGGAGCAAGACAUUGUGUAUUUCCUCACUGGUCAGGGCAUUUAUGUUGAAAAUCCUGACCAGUCACAGUUUGAAGUAAAUCGCACAUCAGGAGAAAUUUUCGUCAGGAAGCCUCUGGAUCGAGACCACCCCAAAGGCCGUCCACAGUGGAGAUUCACAGUGUUUGCACAGGAUGAAGGUGGCAAUGGCUUGGUGGGCUAUGCUGAUGUCCAGGUCAACUUGAAGGACAUCAAUGACAAUGCUCCUAUUUUCCCUCAGAUGGUUUACUUUGGAAAUGUCACUGAGAAUGGGACGCAAGGCAUGGUGGUGAUGACAAUGACAGCUGAAGAUUAUGAUGAUGCCAAUGAGGGCACCAAUGCAAAACUCACAUAUUCCAUUGAGAAGAAUGUGAUAGAUGAGAACACUGCUACACCCAUCUUCGAGAUAGAGCCUGACACUGGUGUGAUUAAGACUGCAGUCUGUUGUCUUGACCGAGAGAAGACACCCGACUACUCCAUCCAGGUGGUGGCUGUUGAUGGAGGAGGACUUAAAGGGACUGGUACAGCAAGUAUACGAGUUCGUGACAUAAAUGACAUGCCACCCAAGUUCACCAAGGAGGAAUGGCAGACAGAAGUUGCCGAGACUGAAGGAACUAUUUUACCUGACCAAGCUAUCCUUACUGUCACUGUUCAUGAUGAGGAUGAAACAAAUAAAUUCCAUUAUAAAGUAAUUGAAUCUUCUGGUUAUGGAGCAGACAAGUUCACAAUGGUGAGGAACAAUGAUGGCACAGGUUCUCUUAAGAUAGUUCAGCCCUUGGACUAUGAAGAUCCAAUGCAGCGUGGUGGAUUCAGAUUUAAAAUCCAAGUGAAUGAUAAGGGAGAAGACAAUGAUGCAGAAAAGUACCACGUGGCUUACUCUUGGGUCAAGGUUGAACUACGGGACAUAAAUGACAAUAAGCCCCAAUUUGUUAAACCCAACAUUGAAGUCCCAGUGUUUGAGAAUGCAGAAAUUGGAAAGAGCUUGGAGACUUUCAAGGCCACAGAUCCAGAUCAAGGUGGGCAAAGCAAAGUGCUUUAUGCCAUAGACCGUACAUCAGACCGAAGGAGGCAGUUUUCCAUUGAUGGUGCAGGGACAGUGAAGAUCCAGAGAAGUUUAGACAGAGAGGAAAAUCCCCGCCACUCAGUCAAGAUCUUGGCCAUUGAUGAUGGCACUCCAGCAAAAACUGCCACUGCCACUCUCACAGUUAUUGUCCAAGACAUCAAUGAUAACUCUCCCAGAUUCCUGAAAGAUUACCGCCCAGUUCUUCCUGAGAAUCAAUCUCCCCGAAAAAUAGUAGAAGUCUUAGCCACUGAUGAUGAUGAUCGUUCAAAAGGUAAUGGGCCUCCCUUCCACUUCCGAAUGGACUCAACAGCUUCAGAUGAAAUCCGUGCCUCCUUCAAAGUAGAGCACAUACCCAAGGGGGCCAAUGGAGAUGGUAUGGCAGUUAUAUCUUCUUUGCGCACUUUUGACAGAGAAGUGCAAAAGGAAUACCAUGUGCCUAUUGUGAUCAAGGAUGCUGGCACACCCCAGAUGACAGGCACCUCAACCCUCACCAUUAUUAUUGGAGAUGAAAAUGACAAUAAAAUGCAGCCAGGUUCAAAAGAAAUCUUUGUUUAUAAUUACAAAGGUCAAGCUCCAGAGACUCCAAUUGGCCGUGUCUAUGUGUAUGACCUGGAUGAUUGGGAUCUGCCAGACAAAAAGUUUAAUUGGGCAAUUGAGGCACAUCCAAACUUUAAAUUAAAUGAAGAUGAUGGCAUGAUCACCAUGAAGCGUGGCACUGGUGAUGGCACUUACUUCCUCCAAUUCCAUGUGUAUGACCGCAAACAUACACAAACUGAUGUGGAAGCCAAUGUAACUGUAACAGUAAAGGAGAUCCCAGAAAUUGCUGUCAUUAACUCAGGCUCCAUCAGAAUAGCCAACAUGACAGAUGAGGACUUUAUUAGAAUAUGGAACUAUAAAACCCAACGAGUGGUACGUAGUAAAGCAGACAUAUUCAGAGAGAAGAUUGCUCGGUUGGUGGGGACAAAAGUAGAGAAUGUGGAUGUGUUUAGCAUUCAGCUUCGGCAAGUGCGACCCCCAAUCACUGAUAUACGUUUCUCAGCACAUGGCUCACCUUACUACCAUCCUAUCAAGUUGGAUGGAUUGGUUCUUCAGCACCGAGCAGACAUUGAGGCUGAGGUUGGCAUUAAUAUCACCAUGGUUGGCAUUGAUGAAUGUCUGUAUGAAAAUGUGGCAUGUGAAGGCUCUUGCACCAACCACUUAGUCAUCUCUAGCCUGCCUUACAUGGUUAACGCUAACAAAACAUCUUUGGUGGGUGUUCGAACUGAAGUUGUGCCGGAAUGUACUUGUGGAGCCAGAAACUUCUCCCAGGAAGAGUCUUGCCGCCCAAACCCAUGCUACAAUGGUGGUCGAUGCAUUGAGGGCAAAUCUGGGGUGCACUGCAGAUGCCCUGAUGGGUAUGAUGGACCUCGGUGCCAGAUGGUGACCCGUACUUUUAGAGGGAAUGGGUUUGCUUGGUUCCCUCCCUUCAAGAUGUGUGACAAUUCCCAUGUCAGUCUUGAGUUCCUCACAAGACGCCCUGAUGGCCUCCUAUUCUACAAUGGUCCCAUAACCCCUCCAGAGACGGAUGAGGUAAUUGUGUCAGAUUUCAUUGCCUUAGAACUUGAAAAUGGGCGACCCAGGCUGCUCAUUGAUUUUGGGUCUGGUACACUUCAACUGCGCGUCAACACCAAGGCCAGCUUGAAUGAUGGCAAGUGGCACCGAAUUGACAUUUUCUGGGAUACUGAGUUUGUGAGAAUCGAUGUUGACCAUUGUGUAGCAGCAGAGGUUCAGGAACCAGAAGAUGGCAGUGACCCAAUCUUUGAGUCCUCAGGAUGUCAGGCCACAGGGUCUAUUCCUGCCUUCAAUGAAUACCUCAAUGUCAAUGCUCCUCUACAAGUAGGAGGCCGUGCCCAUGAGCCACCAGAUCCCAGCCUUUAUAAAUGGUCACAUGUUCCACAUGGCAAAUUCUUCAGUGGCUGCAUCAGAAAUCUCAUGGUGAAUAGUGAACUUUAUGAUCUGGCUCGGCCUGGCCAGCAUCGCAACACCCAGAUGGGUUGUCCACAAUUAGAGGAAGCAUGUCGCAGCAAUUCUAUUGUACCUACUUGUGGACCUAAUGGGAUUUGCUCAGGCUCUCUCUCCCAACCAGUGUGCAAAUGCAAACCUGGCUGGACAGGACCCACUUGCGAUGAGCCUACAAACUCCUCCUACUUUGAGACUCAGUCCUAUGUGAAGUAUGCUCUUUCCUUCAAACCUAAUUCCUUUAGUACUGAAAUUCAGCUAAGGUUCCGCACUUGGCAGGAAUAUGGGGAACUGUUCCGAAUCUCUGACCAACACAACAGGGAAUAUGGUAUCCUAGAGAUCAAGGAUGGGAGAUUACGUUUCCGGUACAACCUGAACAGCCUCAGAACAGAAGAACAUGAUUUGUGGUUGUCAGCAGUGGCUGUUAAUGAUGGUAUCUGGCACUCAGUCCUUGUUGAGCGCCAUGGCUCUACCUCCACUCUUAUGCUGGAUGGAGGUGAAGGACGUCGUUACAAUGAAACAAUGGCUUUCUCCGGGCACAUGCUGAUGGAUGUUGACAAGCAAGAGGGAGUUUAUGCAGGAGGCAAGGCAGAGUACACAGGCAUCAGGACCUUUGAGGUGUACAAUGAUUACAAAUUAGGUUGCCUUGAUGAUAUUCGGUUGGAAGGGAAACACUUACCACUCCCUCCAGGCCUCAACGGCACCCAGUGGGGUCAGGCAACCAUGUUCCGUAACCUUGUCAAGAACUGCAUCUCACAGAAUCAGUGUGUCAAUGUCACCUGCUUGUCUCCUUUCACUUGCAAGGAUCUGUGGAUGAAACAUGAGUGUGGUUGCCCAGAAGGAUCGAUACCAAAUCUUUCUGCUUCCACAUGCGUCAACAUCGAUGAAUGUGAACUGUGGCAGCCGUGCUUUAAUGGAGUGUGUGUCGACCUUGAGCCAGAAAUGGGUGGCUAUGAAUGCCACUGUGUUGAUGGCUAUCAUGGAACAGACUGCAACAUAUUCCUAGAAGAGACUGUUCUCCAACCUUCCACUGAUUUUGUUAUAGCCAUUGUCCUCUGUAUUCUUGUGUUACUAUUUUUGGUACUGGUGUUUGUGGUCUACAACCGGCAAAAGGAGCGCCACUUCCCUAAGGCUGACCCCUAUGAUGAUGUGCGUGAGAACAUCAUCAACUAUGAUGAUGAGGGAGGUGGAGAGGAUGACAUGACCGCCUUUGACAUCACCCCUCUGCAAAUACCUGUUGGGCCAGCUAUUGGAAAUGGUGGACCGCUGCUUGGAAAGAUGCCAUAUGGUCCAGGUGGGCAGCCUGAUGUAGGGGUCUUUAUUAGUGAGCACAAGAACAAAGCUGACAAUGAUCCUAAUGCUCCACCCUUUGAUGAUCUGCGGAAUUAUGCUUAUGAAGGUGGAGGUUCCACUGCUGGCUCACUCUCUUCCCUGGCUUCAGGUACUGAUGACAACGAACAAGAUUUUGAUUAUUUGAAUAACUGGGGUCCACGCUUCAGCAAGCUGGCUGACAUGUAUGGCCAUGGAGAAUCUGAGGAGGAGGAAGACCAUUAAGCCAGAGCCUUGCUGUGAAGUUCACCUUGUUACUAGAGAAAUUGUGCCAGCAGAGAGCAUUUUUUUUUUUUUCUUUUUUUCUAAAAAAGCUAGGAGGACUCUGGUCAGGGGGGAGGGAGCCGUCCCUCUGUCUUAAGGUAAUAUGAGGGUCAAUGUGGAGAAAAAUUCUGCCCAACAAUUCAUCUAGCUUGUUGCCUUAAAUAGAAAUGUAACUGUUGCCAGCAAUAUCAGACUAGAUAUUAGAUCUUGAAUCACAUCAGUACGUAAAUUAUUUGCUCUAAAACAUUACUGGUGCUAUAUCUUCCUUCUUGGAUCAUGAUGGUGUGAUAAAAGAGUUAAUAUAUGGUGUCAUGUGAUUAAAAUGGGGAAUAGGUCAUAUAGCUGAAUAUCUUUCAUAAUAAUAUUUAUGAACUGACCUUAUGAAAGUCAAUGCAUUGCCUGCGGUCCUGUCCAUAUAUGUUUUAGGCAAAGCAGAUGCUCCACUUGGCCGGCUCAGGCAGCCAGUCCAGAGUGUCUGAAAUCAAGAUGAUCACCAAGCCUUCCCAGAAAUGACUGGAGGUCCUCCUGCUUGUGUGUGGUCAACACAUGUUUAUCCACACACCCACACAUCAACACACACACACACACACACACACACACACAUCGGCACACUAGCCUCACAGUGCCAAGACACUGAACGAUGAGGUUAUGAAAAUAAGUGUUCAGUGUGAUAUAUUGCUCCUGCAAUGGUGAGGCCAGUCACAUCUGGUCAUCAAGAGAUUGAGAAAUGGCAUAGAUCAAGGCCAUGCUGCUGAAGGGUGUAGUGGGAGACCCAACAUUCCAUAAAAGACACCUGUGUGAUAGUCUAGCAUGAAAGUGAAAGGAAAACAUAGAGUAUUUACGAGUUAUGUUAUGAUCCAUGACCAUUUGUGACUAUUUGUUAUUACUCGUGUUAUGUGCCAAGUAUGCCAGGCAAAUCUUUUUGAUUUGUGAAUUACUGACGUCAAAGUACUUUUUAUGUGCGAUACUCAAUGAUUUUAUGUUUGUCCUCAUUCACUACAACUGUGAAGCAUAUCAAGAAAUACAAAGGUUUAGUGUAAUGCACCACAGACUCUGAGGACAAUGUUUAUUUGUUCUCACCUACUGAGUUACAGAGUACUUCUAAGUGUGAAUAUGAGGAUGUGGAUGAUUUCCAUCCCCUGUAUACUGCUCUCACCCUUAGUUACAUCAGGCCAGUACUGCCACCCUGCAGGUCACAAAACCUGCUGACUCACAAAGGAAUCUCAGGCAGUACUGAGUUACCCUGUAUGAAGAAAAUGUUGAAUGUAUGUAAAGUUUUUGUACAUGUGUAGAUACUUAAGGAGAUAGAUGUCUCAAAGAAUGAAAUAGUUCUUUUUCAAUAUUUGCUCAUCUCUAUGAAAGCUAGACAGCAAGAUCAGCUAGACAUGUUUGACAGCUUCAUUAUUGUAGCUCUUCACUGAUUAGCAAGUUUGUUACUGAACUGUAGUCUUCUUGGUGUCUUGCUGUACAAGUUUUGAAAGAAACAAUGGAUGAUUUCCAAGCACUGUAGGCUGUGGGGCAGCCCCUUGGGAGGAGAUCAGAUCACUUUUUGCCCAUGAAAGGAAAGUUUUUUUUGUUCUGUGUCAAUUAGAAGUUUUCUACACAGAGAAAGCAAUAAAAGCUUGCUUACUUUUAAUUUAAUUUUGCCAAAAAUUAGUUGGUCUGGCUUUGGACUUGUAAAUAGGUAGGUAUCAUGGAGUUAGGUUUUAAUCUUCCAGCUAUUUUGUGUUUGGCAGUAGACCCUUGUUGGCCCCUCUGUCUCCUCCACACCCUGCUGCCCCACACUCAUACAGCCUCCAGUUAGUCAUCCUCCCCUCGUUCCCAAAGCCCAUUCCAGCCCCGGCAAGUCCUGGGCCCCACAGACCCGCCCCGCCCUUCCCAUCCUCCCCAUGGGUUGCGCCUGUGGUGGUCUCCCCAUUAAAAGUUUUCACAGUCCAAUUUAUUUCUCAGUCUAUAUUGAUAGCUCUACAGUUGUCCAGGCUUUAAAAAGUCAGCCGAGUAAAGAAAAUGCACUACUUUGAGGAGACUUGAAAGAUCUGCCAACCACAGAACCUCGUCAGCACUGCCAGACAUGAUGGGAGCAGGCUGGGUUGUUUAGUCAUUGGCUUCUUGUGUAAUCAUUUUCAUCAUUAUUAUUAUUAUUAUUUAUCAUUAUGAUCAUCAUCCUAGAGUUAGUUAUAUGCACAAGUUGAUCAUAAAGAGUGAUGCUGGCCCUGGAAAACUGCAGGGUGGGGUGUUUUGAGUUUUCAUUUUUAUAUAAUUUAAUCACCACACAUACCAAUGAAUAGAUAUUCAGCAUUCAUAAGAAUAAUACUUACGGUGUUUUAGGGAGCAUGGUUAGAGGAGGGGUACUCCCCACCUUAUUACCUGCUGAUCCCUUUCUCACCCUUCCACCCACCCCUGUACCUCACUACUUCACCCCCUGAAGUUUUACCAAGCCCAGCCAAACAAGUUUUUAUAGCAUUCCAUAUACCAAAAGAUGUAUGUAUGAAUGCCAUUGUUCAUUUUCACAUUUUGUAUCAAAGAAUUUCCAUCUCACUAGGAACAGAAAAACAUUAAACCAGAUUUCUCUGCUAUAGUCGGCAUAUGAAUUUUUGUCUAUCCUUUUCAGUUCUCUUAAACUAGUUGGCAAACUUAAUUUUCUUUAAGUUUUGUCAUUAAAUACUGUAUUUCCAUAGCAAUUGUUUUAGCACCAAACUUUAUUGGCUUGGAGUUGCAUACAAAUUCCUUAAUCACUGAUUUUUUUAUUAUUACUAUUAUUAUAUAUAUAUAUAUAUAUAUAUAUAUAUAUAUAUAUAUAUAUAUAUAUAUAUAUAUAUAUAUAUAUAUAUAUAUAUAUAUAUAUAUAUAUAUAUAUCAUGGAGCUGCUGGUUAAAUUUAUACAGAGAAAUUUGGGUCAUCCCCAGGCCAAAGUCUUAUGUAACUUAAAUAUUUGUACAUUAUAUAUAAAUUCUUAUUGUGUACUAGCUUAUAACAUUGUCACAAACCCCAAGAGCUUCUGACUGUCGUACCACAGAUGUAUAUAUACAUAUACUUACCUCAUGCCCAGAGAACUUUGGCCCAGGGAGAACAGAACGGUCAGAGUAGAGAAUUAUUUCCUAAACAAUAAGAGAUAAGUUUUGUACCCUAAUUAUAUGCCGAGUAUUCUUGAGGAGAAUCAUCUCUGAUUGGAGAAAAAGAAAAGUGGAGCAAAGCCAUAGCAACUAAGCUUUUGUUUGAUGUUUUUAAGCUGUGAUUUUACUGUGUCUGCAUUGUCAUCUGAAAUAGACUAAAGCCUUUGUGUA